AUGAUGACGUACUCAAACAUGAUCAACAACACCGUGACGCAGCACAGCAUUGCCAUCGCCCCUGGUGGGAUGGGUGUUGCGAAGCGGCGUACUUUUAUGAGGAACGGGGUGAAAUUUGCGAUCGCUAUCACCGCGAUGCACCUCAAGGACUCGCAAACCACACUAAGGGCACCGUUCCCCGGUGUGAACAGCCCAACAGCUGACUACAAAGUGGACAUCGUGCAGAAGGACCACUCGCUGAAGUUCACUACCUGUGCCUCUGCUUGA